UAAGUACUACCACUACUCAAUAUAAUUAAAGAACCAAAAUUAGCCCUAAAAGCAAGAACUUAAGUAAGAAUAACAUGGGAUCGUGGGUGAGCGAUGAGGAAGCCCAGCUGUUCGCUAUGCAACUUGCUAGCGCCUCGGUCCUUCCGAUGGUGCUGAAGACGGCGAUUGAGCUGGACGUGCUGGAGAUCAUUGGUAGGGGCGGGGAGGGGGCUGUGUUGUCCCCCUCUCAAAUCGCUUCCCAGUUGUCAGGGGUUAAAAACCCUGAGGCCCACGUGAUGCUGGACCGCAUCUUGCGCCUGCUCGCCAGCUACAACAUCCUCACUUACUCCCUCGAUACCCUCCCCGAUGGCUCUGUCCAAAGGCUCUACGGCCUCGCCCCUGUCUGCAAGUUCUUAAUUAAGAAUCACGACGGCGUCUCUAUUGCCCCUCUUUGUCUCAUGAAUCAGGACAAGGUCCUCAUGGAGAGCUGGUACCAUUUGAAAGAUGCUGUGCUUGAAGGAGGGAUUCCCUUCAACAGAGCGUACGGAAUGAGUGCGUUCGAAUACCACGGAACAGAUCCCAGAUUCAACAAGGUGUUCAACAGGGGAAUGUCGGACCAUUCCACCAUUACCAUGAAGAAGAUUCUGGAGAGCUACAAAGGGUUUGAAGGCCUUAAUUCAGUGGUGGAUGUGGGGGGUGGCACCGGGGCCGUUCUCAACAUGAUAGUUUCCAAGUACCCUUCUAUUAGGGGCAUCAACUUCGACCUCCCUCAUGUCAUUCAGGAUGCCCCUGCCUACCCAGGCGUUGAACAUGUUGGGGGCGACAUGUUUGUCAGCGUUCCGAAGGGGGAUGCCAUUUUCAUGAAGUGGAUCUGCCACGAUUGGAGCGACCAGCACUGCCUCAAAUUCUUGAAGAAUUGCUAUGAUGCCCUGCCGGAGCACGGCAAGGUGAUCGUGGCCGAAUGCAUUCUUCCUGUAGCACCGGACAGCAGCCUUGCUACCAAGGGAGUCAUUCACAUCGACGUCAUAAUGCUGGCUCACAACCCCGGGGGCAAAGAAAGGACCGAGAAGGAGUUUCAAGCCUUGUCUAAGGCUGCUGGAUUUCAUGGUUUCAAGCUCCACUGUUGUGCAUUUAACACUUAUGUCAUGGAAUUUCUCAAGACACCUUAGAUUCGGUACUUCACACCACAACCUCUUUUGCUUUUCCUAUCAAUAACACCUAUUGUGCCCAUAUACAUUCGAGUUUUUCUACGUUUCAGUCAUAUUCAUAGGAAUGUCUUGGUGUAAAUAGGAAGGUAAUCAUUAAUAACGCCUCAUCAACUCUUCGCCCUCUUCUUCUCCUUUAUAUUUUUAUUUUAUAUUAUAUAUAUAUUUU